CCAUCAUCAGACGCAGAGGGACCAUGGAGAAGCAUCGUCCUCCUCCACUGCCUCAGGGACCUUGGAGCCUCCCCCCAGUUCCAGUGUCAUCAGUCGCAUCCUCCUCCUCCUCUUCCCCAUCAUCAUUUUCUCCAUCAGUAGCAGCUUCUGCAACCUCCCACGGCGCCAAUGGAUUCCGCUUCGACCACCCGCGGAUAAUGUUUGCGCACCCCUCAUCUGCCUCCUCCACCGUCGUGGUAUCAUGGCUGGCCCGGCAGAUAACAAAACGGGCCGGGUCGGGCCUUGGACGAGGUUAACCAAGCCCGGCCCGUUAAUAGUUGGGCCGGGUAGCAGGCCGACUCGAUUCAGAUACGGGCCGUUAACGACAAUGACUAAACGGGCCGGCCCGGCCCGGCCCGGCCCGAUGCCCAGGUCUAACGGUGAGCUCCAUGCAAGGAAGAGCUUGGCUGAGCACCAGACUCUCUGAACUGGGUCAUGGGUCUUCCUCGGAAAGGAAACAGCCAGAGUUGGGUCUGUCAGAAAAAACCGGCAAUGAAAUCUCCGACUUCGUGAGAAAAGGCGAGAUCUCCUCCAGUUCUCAGAGGUUAGGGUUUUCGUCACUCAGAACUAUCUCUGCUGCUGAUGGGUCAUUGUUGGGAAAAAUGACACUCAAAAGAAUUUGGACAGAGCGCUGUAGGGAGUCCAUCGAAAAAGAAGCAGUGGCACACUUUUUGGUUGUAUCAGUGGGUCUGGCGAAGCUAUCUGUCCAAGCAGCAGCAGAACAGUGGCCUGAAUCACCUCUUCUUCUACACAGCAGGUUCACCAGCAGUUCCAGUAUGCACGGCAAGAAGCAGUGACAACCCCAAUUAUAGAAAGGAGCAAAAGAAAAAGAAGAAGAAGAAGAUGAUGAUGAUGAUGAUGAUGAUGAUGAUGAAAGGGAGGAAGAGAGAAUUGAAUCAGAGAUAGUUCACGGGUUUCCUUCUAUGAGACUCGCUUAGUGUAAUCACAAAUGCAUUAACCCUAAUUAGAGUAUUGUUGGGCUUACAUAGGCAGCCUCACAGGAUUUUCCUUUGCCCAGCUUGCAGUUGGGUGAAUGAGAGAUCUAC